AUGGAGACUUCUCGACUCUCAUGCGUAUCCUAUGUGGCCGCACCCGUGCCUGCACCCGAACAAGCGAACCGUGCCCGUGCCCUUAGCAGCUUAUCUGUGGUGGGCGAUUCCCAGCAAGAAUCAGCCUGGCGGAAUUUAUCUCCUACGAGGCCCUCAAACAGUCUACACCCUGAGGACCCCGAAAAUGAUACGGAGCCAGGUCAGAUCUCUGACCUAGGUGAAAAUCCAUGCUCCAGGGCAAACGAUGCUCCAGAGCGGGCUAAGGAUUCCGGCCCUACUGAAGACAAGCCAGUCCCAUCUCAGCCGUCCGCUCCGCCAACUGUGCGCUCUUCUCCAGAAUGUUCUCGUAUUCGAACGACGCGGAGUUCCGAUGUCCCGGUGCGCUACCCGUCGAUAGCUGUGAUUGUACCAUCACCGUCCUGGAAGCAAGCAGCCGCCAGGACAAGCACGAGAGCCGCUGCGGCAGUAUGCAAGCAGCGACUCCGCUCAGGUCGAAACACCCGCAACCACCAAGAUGAGAAUACCACCCUCUAUGACACGAAACAACCGUGUCAAAAGAGAAAGAAACGGAGACCCUUAAUCGUGCCGUUUUCCGAUACGUCGGUCUCUUCCAUUCCCGUUUCAUCCCAUUGCCCUGGUGCUAUCCAGGGCCUACGCGGAAGUGCCCUCCUCACGGUCGAAUCUAAUUCUGGUCUCAAACCGGCAUAUUUCUUUACUUUCGUUCCCGACCCUAGCCCGAUGCUGUCUGGACCCCACGCGGAGGUUAUUCCAGAGAAACCAAGGUACACAUCGGAUGAGAACGCCCUGCUAGUGCGACUGAAGGAAAAAGAGGCAAUGUCAUGGCCUGAGAUCACGACUCACUUCCCAGGCCGAAAUAUGUCAUCCCUUCAAGUCCAUUAUUCAACCAAAUUACGCCACAAGGCCAGCUCUCGGUCUGGAAAACCGAGGAGACGCGGAUGA